GCGGCCGGGGUGCGGGGCCCUUCAUGAUGAAAGAUUUGGGGGCAUUUCUCUCUCCUCUGUGUAGUCGAUAGUUUGGGUGGUGAAGAGAUGGCCGACAGUGUCAAAACCUUUCUCCAGGACCUUGCCAGGGGUAUCAAAGACUCCAUCUGCGGUAUCUGUACCAUCUCAAAGCUAGAUGCUCAAAUCCAGCAAAAGAGAGAAGAGCACCAUCGAAGAAGGGCAAGCAUUGUCCUGGCACAGAGGAGAGCCCAGAGUAUAGAACGGAAGCAAGAGAGUGAGCCACGUAUUGUUAGUAGAAUUUUCCAGUGUUGUGCUUGGAAUGGCAAAGUGUUCUGGUUCAGUCUCCUCUUGUUUUAUCGAGUGUUUAUUCCUGUGCUUCAGUCAGUAACAGCCCGCAUCAUUGGUGAUCCAUCACUACAUGGAGAUGUUUGGUCAUGGCUGGAAUUCUUCCUCACAUCUAUUUUCAGUGCUCUUUGGGUGCUCCCCCUGUUUGUGCUCAGCAAAGUUGUGAAUGCCAUCUGGUUUCAGGAUAUAGCUGACCUGGCAUUUGAGGUGUCAUGGAGGAAGCCUCACCCCUUCCCUAGUGUGAGCAAAAUCAUUGCUGACAUGCUCUUCAACCUUUUGCUGCAGGCUCUCUUCCUCAUCCAGGGGAUGUUUGUGAGUCUCUUUCCCAUCCAUCUUGUCGGUCAGCUGGUUAGUCUCCUGCAUAUGUCCCUUCUCUACUCCCUGUACUGCUUUGAAUAUCAUUGGUUCAAUAAAGGAAUUGAAAUGCACCAGCGGUUGUCGAAUAUUGAAAGGAACUGGCCUUACUACUUUGGAUUUGGUUUACCCUUGGCUUUUCUCACAGCAAUGCAGUCCUCGUACAUUAUCAGUGGAUGCCUCUUUUCCAUCCUAUUUCCUUUAUCCAUUAUCAGCACUAAUGAAGCAAGGACCCCUGGAAAAGCAUAUAUUUUCCAGUUGCGCCUGUUCUCCUUGGUGGUCUUCUUAAGCAACAGACUCUUCCACAAGACAGUCUACCUGCAGUCUGCCUUGAGCAGAUCAGCCUCUGUGGAGAAGUUCCCUUCACCACAUGCAUCUCCUGCCAAACUGAAGGCUACUGCAGGCCACUGAGUCA